AUGGGUCCCUGCUCAUGCAACUGCUGCUCCAGCACCUGCAACGGCUCGUGCAGCUCAUGCACUAGCUGCACUGUAUGUCCAUUUACCUACCCCUCGAAGAAUGAUGGACGAUAUGAAAACAUGUCUGAACAUCGCGCUGACUACUACCAAAACAGCACUAAGCCGGCCUCCGCGUCGCCCGCUCCACGGCCAUCCACUCCCAAGUUUGCGGCAUCAAUUCAUCCGCGGCCGGGUAUCCCGCUGCUCUCGAAUUAG